UAAAAUUAGUCUCCUGCCUGAGGAUUAAAGGAGCAAAUAGCAGCGCCUAAGUUGUGGGCAACAGUCAGCCAUUUGGGGAGCAGGAGAUAAGACCAUCCCAAGAGAGAGGCGAGGGCAGGAGUUUUCAUCUGCCUGGGCACUCAAGAGUAGAAAAGUAAAGGGAAAAACAGCUACCCAGAGAGAAAAUCAACUGGCCACCCAGGGGUCACAAGGUAGAUUGAUUGAGGGACAGAAUAAAGGAAGAAAGAAACAACUUUAAGAAAACUAGGCAGGCUGCAGCAUAAGGGAAAAGGAGGGGCCAGCAGCUGGAGACAGACUCCCACAGCUGAGAGAAUAAGCCAGAGUUGGAAAAAAGGCCGAGGAGGGGCACGACCACUGAGGGGAUGAACUUCCCAGUGGGUUUCAAGCCGCUGCUGGGGGAUGCACACAGCAUGGAUAACCUGGAGAAGCAACUCAUCUGCCCUAUUUGCCUGGAGAUGUUUUCCAAACCAGUGGUGAUCCUGCCCUGUCAACACAACCUGUGCCGCAAGUGUGCCAAUGAUGUCUUCCAGGCUUCAAAUCCUCUGUGGCAAUCCCGGGGUUCCACCACAGUGUCCUCAGGGGGACGGUUCCGUUGCCCAUCCUGUAGGCAUGAGGUUGUCCUGGACAGACAUGGUGUGUAUGGACUGCAGCGCAAUCUGCUGGUGGAGAACAUCAUUGACAUUUACAAGCAGGAGUCUUCACGGCCUCUGCAUUCUAAAGCAGAGCAGCACCUGAUGUGCGAAGAGCACGAGGAGGAGAAGAUUAACAUCUAUUGCCUGAGCUGCGAGGUGCCCACCUGCUCCCUCUGCAAGGUGUUCGGUGCUCAUAAGGACUGCGAGGUGGCCCCUCUGCCCAACAUCUACAAACGCCAGAAGAGUGAGCUGAGCGACGGCAUUGCCAUGCUGGUAGCUGGAAAUGACCGGGUCCAAGCAGUCAUUACUCAGAUGGAAGAGGUGUGCCAGACUAUUGAGGACAAUAGCCGCAGGCAGAAGCAGCUACUGGGACAGAGGUUUGAGACGCUGUGUGCGGUGCUGGAAGAGAGGAAAGCAGAAUUGCUUCAGGUCCUGGCCCGGGAGCAGGAGGAAAAGCUUCAGCGGAUUCGAGGGCUCAUCCGUCAAUAUGGAGACCAUUUGGAGGCCUCGAGCAAGCUUGUGGAAUCUGCCAUUCAGUCCAUGGAGGAGCCACAGAUGGCUCUCUACCUCCAGCAGGCCAAGGAGCUGAUUAAAAAGGUUGGGGACAUGGCAAAGGUGGAGUUGGCUGGUCGGCCAGAACCAGGCUAUGAAAGCAUGGAACAGUUCUCAGUGAAUGUGGAACAUGUGGCUGAGAUGCUCCGGACAAUCGACUUCCAGACUGGGGGUUCUGGGGAGGAAGAAGAAGAGGAGUUGGUGCUGGAAGGCGAAGAUGGCAGUGCCGGCGCUGAGGAAGAGAAACUGGAGGCUUCUACUUAGGGUCUGCGCGGAGCGCCUUAAGAAAACCUCCGCGGUUCCGGCAGGCACAGAAGAAAAACUCCGAAGACAGGGGAGAGAACGCGUCUCCCAGCUGCCCUGAGGCUCAAUAAAGGAUGUUUGCCUUCUGGGGUCCGAA